GUUUAUAUCUUCAAAGCAUAUUCUGACACUUUCACCAUUAUCGCCGCUACCAGGGUUUAGCUCCCCUCUCUCCCUCUCAACGACAGCCACCUCCGCCUUUGUCACAACCACCACCAUCACCACCAGCCCUAGCGAACCAAUGGAAUUGGCUCUUACAAAUGCCACUUACCGCCACCUCCCACGCCCUCUCUCCCUACAACAUCACCGCCGCCCCUCGUCGAAAUCCAUCGCUUUCCUGAAAACAACAUCGUUUUCAUCGUUAACACCCAUCAAAGCCUCCUUCCGUAACCCUAACUACCAAACCCCUAAACCCGAAGUGACAAAAAUCGUAAACCCUACCCCAUUAUCCUUCCUCAAAACCACCUUCAUCACUGGUGUCGCCGUCACCGCACUUUGCUUCUCGCGUUUUACCCUCAAACCCGCAAUUGCCGUUCCUGUCUCUUCACCUCCACCCCCCGCCACCGUAGAAACCGCCGAUACCAACUCCGAAUCACUAGAAGAGGAAAAAAACCUAGAAGAACAUCUCUGCUCUCACCCUGAAGACAUCAACGCUUUGAAAUCCCUAAUGGAGUUGAAAAUUAAGAACGGAAAGAUUCAUGAAGCUAUUGGAAUUCUCAGUCAGCUGAUUAACCUGGAACCUGAAGACAGCGAAUGGCAAUUACUCAAGUAUCAUUUGCAUUCAUACAGCGGAGAUCACGAUUCUGCGAAAUUAGGGUUUGAACAGAUUCUAGCAAAAGACCCUUUACGCGUGGAGGCUUACCAUGGUUUAGUAAUGGCUGCUUCCGCUAAAGAAUCACCUAAUGAUCUGAAAGAUGUGGAGAAAAGAAUCAUCGAGGGAAUGGAGAAGUGUAAGAAAGAAAAGAAGAAAGAUGACUUGAGGGAUUUCAAGCUUCUGUUAGCUCAAAUUCGUGUAAUCCAAGGCGAUUAUAACGAUGCUUUAAAGAUUUAUCAGGAUUUAUCCAAAGAAGAGGCUCGGGAUUUUAGGCCAUAUUUAUGUCAAGGCAUUAUAUACACAUUGUUAGGAAAGAACGAUGAUGCUGAGAAGAGUUUUGAAAAAUACAGAAGGCUUGUUCCUAAGGGACAUCCUUAUACCAGAUAUUUUGAUGAUAAUAUGGUCGCAACAAAGGUUUUUGCACAGAAGGUGGAGAAUGAAAGAGCUUAUUCCAAGAGUUGAUUAAAAAGAUGGUGGAAAAUCAUGUAUAGCAAAGGUUCUAUUUCGACACUCUGCUGUGCUUUUUGUUUAUGGUUUGGUUAUAUGGAGAUUAUGGUGAUUUACUUGUUAGUAGGCUUAAUCUUGUCUUGUUUCAAUUUGGGUCUAUUGGAAAUCAAUGGUUUUAGUAAGGUUUAAAUUUUGGUGGGAUAUUGUUUAGUGAAACAAUGUAGCUUUUGUUUAUGUUAAAAGGUAGAACUUGUUACGUAUA